GGCCAGAGGAAAGCUAUACUCUCUCUAUCUACCUAUCAUAUACAGUUGAUGCACUCCUUGUCGCUGUAUCCGACCUCAUCCUGUUCUCCGGCGCAUCGAAAGCCUUGCAACUUUUAAUACCCACGCCGUUUUUUUAUAUCCUAUACCCUUCAUUCUGUCACAAACCUCGACUGCACCGCCAAAAUGCGGUACUUGAGCGGCCUCCUUACGGCCGCCCCUUUGUUGGGCCUCGUUUCUGCCCAGGUUUCCACAAGCUGUAACCCGUUGAACUCUACCGAUUGUCCUACCGAUCCUGGUUUCAACACCGACUACACUUUCAACUUCAACACUACGCCGUCUUAUGAGCUAUGGGAGACCACCGCUGGAUCCGUCUCUUAUGACGGCGAGACUGGUGCCGCCUUCACCAUCAACAAGCAGGGUGACUCGCCCACCAUCCGAACCCUCUUCUACUUCUUCUUCGGCCGCGUUGAGCUCUUCCUCAAGGUCGCCCCUGGUGUGGGCAUCGUCAGCUCUGCCAUGUGGCUGAGUGACGAUCUUGACGAGGUCGACUGGGAGUUCCUUGGUGUCAACAACACCGCCGCCUCCACCAACUAUUUCGGAAAGGGUUUCCAGGACUACCACAAUGCCGGUGUCUAUACCACGAAAGAUAACCAGGCCGACUACCUCAACUAUACCACCGUCUGGACCAAGGAGGGCAUUGAUUGGUACAUCGACGGCCAGCACGUCCGUAACCUCACACCCGAUGCUGCCAACAAGACCCGAAACUACCCCCAAACCCCCAUGAGACUGUCUCUCGGUAUCUGGGCCGGUGGUGACCCGUCUCUGCCGAAUGGUACCCGUGAAUGGGCCGGUGGUACUACCGACUACUCCAAGGGUCCCUUCACCAUGUACAUCAAGAGUGCUCGCAUCACCGAUUAUGGCGGUGGUUCCGAGUACGCCUAUGGUGAUACUUCCGGUUCAUGGGAGAGCAUCAAGGUGACUGGCGGAAACUCCACCGCCUACAAGGCCAUUCACGAAGUCCAAACCCCCAAGCUGUCUGUCAGCCAGAAAUGGGCCAACCUCCCCGCUGGAGCCAGAAUCGCUGUGUACGCGGCGGCUGGUGUUGUUGGCGCCGUCCUCAUUGGAGCUCUGCUCUGGUACUGCAUCAAGCAGCGCCAAGUGGGUGCCCGCGAGGCCCGACUGCAAAAUGAAAUGGAAAAGAUGGACCGUAUGGAACUCGACAAACUGAAGCGCGAAGGCGUUGAUCCGGACGCGUAUACUGACUACGAUUCUCGCAGUAUGAGGAAAGAAGGCGUCGUCACGUCUGAUGCGCCCCCAGCAAGCGUCGGCCCUCUGGACAGCAAAGGUUGGUCAGCCGUCAACAUAGAAUCCCCCAUGCAGUCGCCCGCCCCGUUCCUCAACAAGGGCGCUGGUGAUGCCGCCGGAGGGGACCAUCCCGGAAGCCCUGGAUCUCCUGCCCCGUCACACCCUGGCCCCGCGAGAGGCUCCACGGCUCCCAUCCGGACAUUCAGUGCGAGCCACUCCGGUUACCAAGGACUCCCCGGCGGAGAAGUCUAAGCGGCAAACGUCAUGAAAUGGAAAAGAAGCGGUGAUUUUGACUUUUUUGUUACUCAGAGGGAAAUGGGGGCCAUACAGCGCGUGGAUGAACUUUUGCGUCUUUUUUCCAAAGAGGUCUCAAUGACUUGUUCUUUCGUGUUUGACUUUGCCUCCAUACCUUUGGAUGGCGUUUAGGUGUUGAGCUAGAAAGGGGAUGUAUGGCAUUAUGGACACUUUUAUUUUAUUUUUUAUUUUGACCACACAUUUUGCCCCCCUUGGGGCUUUUUCAACCAGAAAAAAAUCUUGCAUAUAAUUCAGCCUUGGUCGUGGGAAUGAACAUAUUUCAAUUACAACAUCCUUAUUG